AUGAAAGAUACCCAAAUUUUUCCAAUUACUGACGAAGAUAAAGUAAAAAUAUUUUAUGCAACACAUGAAUGUCAAUGUGGUGAACUUUAUAGAUUUUUAGGAGUUAAAAAAGAAGAUACUAUUGAUAAAAUUGCUCAUUCGUAUGAACAAGUUAGGAGUAAUUUCGAAAAUGAUAAAAAAAUAGCAGAGAGUUUAGAUGCAGCAUAUUCAGUAAUUUCAGAUAAAAGAUUAAGGGAUUAUUAUGAUAGGGAAAUACAUGAUGAGAUGGUCACCUUAGAACUUGAAUACUUUAAAUCAUUAAAUCAAAAAAAUCAUACCCUACUCUCAAUUAUGGGAACUUUAGCAGCACCAUUUGAAAUAGCCUCACUUGUUAUAAAUUCAACACCAAGUCAUUCUAAUUCACUAGGAGUUCUUCAAUCAUUCAUUAGAAAUAAUAAUGCAUUUUCAUUAGGUAAAAUCAUUUUAGCACAAGCUAUUGUUCCUUCAACUAUUGCAGUAUCACUACAACCACUUUUUAUAUUGAAGGAUAAAUUCGCCUAUCCAUUCUCAACAAUGGGUAAAUUAACAGAUGAAAUUUUAUGGUGUUUUUCAUCAUUUGUUGUUGUGUUCCCACUUGAUUGUUAUAUACAAUCUGCCAACAAAUUAUCAUUUUUGGAAGUAAUUAAAAAAAUUGUACUUUGCCAAGAUGGGGUAACUGGAAAAUUCAAUUUCAAAAAUGUAGCCUACACUUUUAUUUCAUCAGUUGGAUUGUAUGCUACAAGUAGACUUUUAAAGGGUACCAUAAAUAAAUUAAUUGAAUAUGUCGAGUCGAAAUCAUUAGAGAAUCCAAAAUCAACAUUUUGGAGAAAUUCAACACUCAUAAUUAAAUCAAUAUACGCUAAAACCUUUUUAUUAACAUUGGCUCUCCUCCCAUGUGAAACAGUUCGUUCUCAAUUCUCUUAUUUUUUCGCUCAACGUUAUCUUGGUAAUUCUGUUAAUUUAUUAUUAACUAAUCCAAUCUCAAUAGCAGUAGAUUUAGUAAAAACUCAAGGAUAUAGAAAAUUAUAUAAAAGCUUUCCUUUUUCCUAUGUAACAUUUUUAUUAAAUGAAUUUCUAGCUUCUACAGUGAAAUAG